AUGGCAUCGAUUCUACGAGCUGUAUCAGGAAGUUCGUCAUCGAGUGUGAAUACAUCUAGUCCAACAAAUGAUAUAGGCAAACGAUUAACUAAAUGGGCACUUGUUAUCGGAGUACCAACAGCAGUUUGUGUUGCUGCUUAUUUAGUUUAUCGACAACAACAAGGUCAAGCUAAAAAAUCAGCAAUUAGACGUUCAUCAUUAUCUACACCAUCGACAACUUUAACAGCAACAACAACGACAUCAUCAACAACUAAAGCUGGUGGUGAUGCAGUUUUAACAUCGAAAACUCGAACAAAAGAUCGUUUAAUUCUAGCAAUUGAAUUAAAAAAUGAAGGAAAUAUUAAAUACCGUGAAAAAAAAUUUAAUGAAGCUAUUGAAGCUUAUACUCAAGCAAUCAACACUUGUCCAGUUGAAUCAACUGAAGAACUUUCACAGUUUUAUCAAAAUCGAGCUGCAGCAUGGGAAUCAUUAAAAAUUUAUGAUAAAGUUAUUGAAGAUUGUUCACGUGCUAUUGAACUUAAUCCAAAAUAUAUUAAAUGUAUUCAAAGACGUGCACGUGCUGCUGAAACAGUUAAUAAUUUUGAAUUGGCACUUGAAGAUUAUUCAACUCUAUGUUUUCUUGAUUCAUAUCAGCCAUCAUAUAUUAUGGCCGCUGACAAAGUACUUACUAGUCUUGCCAGACAAUAUGUUGAAAAAUUGCCUACAAGUACUGCAGAAUUAUCAAAUGAUAGUGUUCGUACAUCAUUAAAUGAAUUUGAAGAUGAUCCAGUUUUAUCUUCAAUAUUUAUUAAUGAAGUUCGUACAACACAACCAGAUAGUCCAUUAGCACGUGCUUAUCAAGCAUAUGAUGAAUGUCGUUUUACUGAUAUACCAUCAUUAUGUACACAAGAACUUGAAUUAUCAAUAUUAUCACCAUAUAAAUUACAUGCAUUAUUACUUCGUGGUUCAUUUUAUUUACUGAUGGGUAAUUAUAUAGAAGCAUUAGCUGAUUUUAAUAGUGUUAUUAAUGAUCUAAAUGCUACAGAAAUGAUGAAAAUAAUUGGAAAAUUAAAACGUGCUAAUACAAAAAUUCAUCAACGUGAUCUAGAAGGAGCAAUGUAUGAAUAUGAUCAAUGUGUUAAAACCCAUCCAAAUGCAUGUACACCUUAUGUUCAUCGUGGCAUGAUUAAAACCUUACUAGAAAAUUAUUUCGAAGCUCAUAAUGAUUUCAUUGAAGCACUUAAUAUAUCCCCAACAAAUCUUCGAGCUAAAUAUCAAAAAUUGAUUAAUGAUGCAAAAAUAGGAAAAAAAGAACGUAAAUCUGAACGUAUUGAACAAGCCUUAGCAAGUUUUGAAGAAUAUUAUGAUACAUGCAAACAAGAUAUUUAUUAUGCACUUGCAUUAAUAUCUUGUUAUUUGGAUAAUGAUCGAAAAGAUAAAGCACUUGAAUAUUUGUAUAAAUUUAAUAAAGAAAUUCCAGAUAAUCCAACAUUAAUAGCACUUAAAGCUAAUUGUUUAAUGUCAACUGGUGCAUCAAAUAACAAUGAAUCUGAAAAAUUAUUUACACGAGCUCUUGAACUUGAUCCAUCAAAUGAAACUGUUCUAACGAUGUUUGCUAUAUUUAAAUGCAAUCGAAAUCAAUUUGAAGAAGCAGCAAAUUUAUAUGAACGUACAAUACGUUGUAGCCGUGGGGAAGAAAAACUUAUACAAUAUGCGGCUUUACUCUAUGCUAUUCGUGCACAAGGACGAGCUAUUAAAAGACUUGAUCUCAAUUUUCCAGGUGGAUUUCCACAAGCCAAUAGUCCAUUAACCAGUUGGAUGGGUAGAAUGGUCUAA